CCAUUACAGAGACGAACAAACCCACAUGACUCUGCUCUUUCUCAACCGUGUACAACCCCUAAAAUAGCAAUAAAAUACACACAAAUUUAUUACAAUUAUUGAAUAACAACAAAAAUAAAAACUCACAUUUAUUAAUCUCUGGUGGAUCUGGUAGGAGGGUACUAUGAUGCAGGGGACAAUGUGAAGUUUGGGUUACCAAUGGCUUUCACAAUUACAAUGAUGUCAUGGAGUAUUGUUGAGUAUGGGAGGCAAAUGGCUGCAAGUGGAGAGCUCAGUAAUGCCAUGGAAGCUGUUAAGUGGGGCACUGAUUACCUCAUUAAAGCUCAUCCCCAUCCCUUUGUCCUCUAUGGAGAGGUGGGAGAUGGGAACACAGACCACUACUGUUGGCAAAGGCCAGAGGACAUGACCACUUCAAGGCAAGCUUACAAGAUCGACCCAAACAACCCCGGGUCGGACCUCGCCGGCGAGACCGCCGCCGCUAUGGCUGCCGCCUCCGUCGUCUUCCGCCACCACGACCCCUCCUAUGCCAAUGAGCUCCUCUCUCAUAUCUCUGGGGAAAUACUGUGCACUGUAUAACUAAAAAAAUUUAUAAUUUUGAUUUUUUGAAUUAUAAUUAAAAAUAUAUAUUAUAAGUAAAUUUAAUCUAAGAUAUAAUUAAAAAAUUUAUGAAUGAUGAUAAUUAAAUAA